AGACACACCCCUACGGUCCACCCUCGUCCCCGUCAAAGCCCCACCCCACCGGUCAGACGCUGACAAAACACACAGAAAUUGCAUAGCGAGGGGAUGAAAUGCGAAGAAUGGCAGCCGUCGGGAGUAACGCCGGCGCUACCGGCGGCGAAGUAUGGAAAGCUCAUGUCGCCAUGGCAAUGGUUCAGGUCUUCUAUGGAGGAUAUCAGGUGAUUACCAAAGUGGCCCUCAAUGUCGGCGUCAAUAAGCUCGUCUUCUGCGUCUACCGCGAUCUCGUCGCCCUCUCCAUUCUCAUCCCCGUCGCCUACUUCCGGGAACGAAGAUUGACACCCCGCAUAAAUAGGCAGCUGCUAUUGUCAUUCUUUACCCUAGGAUUAACAGGGGUUUUUGGAAACCAACUCUUGUUUAUGAUUGGUCUUGCAUAUACGACUCCUGCUUAUGCUGCAGCAGUACAACCUGCUGUGCCAGUAUUUACAUUUAUAUUGGCCGUGCUGAUGGGCACAGAAACACUGAAGCUGCUUACUCGAGAAGGUCAAGCAAAGAUCGGAGGUACGAUUGUCUGUGUUUCAGGUGCUAUUGUGAUGACACUGUUUCGAGGUCCAGCCAUUCUUGGGUUUAUAGAAUCAGAGUUCACAGCACAAAGUGAAAUAAGUGCUCGUGGUCAGCCUGAACCGUCUGGAUGGUUAAUGUCUAGUUUCCUGGAAUUCGGUUUUGAUUACUGGCACCUUGGCAUGCUGUGCUUAAUAGGAAACUGUAUAUGCAUGGCAGCAUACCUAGCCUUUCAGGCACCAGUUCUAAAGAAAUAUUCUGCAAGCAUAUCUUUGACAGCAUAUUCAUAUCUUUUUGGCACCAUAUUCAUGGUAAUCACAGCACUUUUUACAACAAGCCUGCCCACAGAUUGGAGUUUGACACAAUCUGAAGUUAUUGCAGUAUGCUAUGCCGGAGUUAUUGCAUCCGCGCUUAACUAUGGACUCCUGACAUGGUGCAAUAAGAUUAUUGGGCCUGCUUUAGUUGCUCUCUACAAUCCUCUUCAACCUGCUGCCUCAGCAUUCCUAUCACGAAUUUUUCUUCAAAGCCCUAUUUAUUUGGGAAGCAUAUUGGGAGGACUUCUGAUCAUAGCUGGUCUUUAUUUGGUAACAUGGGCAUCAUAUAGAGAGAGACGCUCAUCAAUGGUAACUAUUCCUCAUACUUUUCGCUCAUCAGAACCUCUCAUUCUCAGAGAAUCUUCACCUAACAAGAUCUCAUAGCAGACUGGACAAAGUUUAUAUGAUCCUACAUGUACACCUUGCCUAAGAUGAUCGAAUAGCAAGUCUUACACUCCGUUUAUAUUUACAGGAAGAUCUUACUGUGUCUUAUUUGAUAUUUACAUGUUCAAGCAUCUAUAAAGAUGAGUACUGUCCCUUGGCAUUGACAUUGUAGAUGUUAAUGAUUUUUUUUAUAUAAUAGGAAAAAAAAGGUGAACUGUUCAACUGCUGCCAUUUCAGGCUUCACUGUUUUUUUGUGUGUGUGAAUUAUUUCUUUAUCGUGUUCAUGUUUUUAGGACACACCGUCCUCGAUGGAGGGAGACCGAUACCAACCUAUUUCCACCUAUAAUCCUGUAAUGCCGGGGGAUUUGGGGCAAUGAGUCUCUGUAGAAGUCAGGUAAAUAUAAAUUUAAAAUAAUACACCCUUCGAGGAGAAGGUUUGUAUAGCUUAAUUCCCACUCUCUGGGAAGUGGCUUGCGUGCAAUAAAUAGGCUAGGCCUCCCUUCAGGAUCCUUGCUUGUGCCAAUUCAACAAGCACUCCCUUGGAUUCCUAUUAUGGUC